UAGUUUCAGAGAUAAUUGUGUUGCUGAUGGAGCAAAGAGACCAACAGGUCUGCCUAAUUUCAUGAGGACAUAAGAUGAGAAUUGUCUUGAUUUAUGUCAAACCUUUUGAAUAAAUUACACAUUACCUCAUGACUGACUUCUUUUACUGAUUUUUUAUCACUCAUUGUUUUUCUAUUCCUUUUGUUUGUGCUCCUUGUGAAAACAACACAGAAUCAGUGCUAAUCUACUAAAACCCAAAUGUCAAAACAUUAACAUAAAAAUUAAAAAUGGCUUAUUUCAAUACAUUGUGCUUAUGAAGAACAUUGUAAAUCUCAAUAGCAGAUUUUAGAUUUUUUUUAGUGACAUACACACUAAACAUACUGAGACAACCUCAGCAAUGACAUAGCUAAGCUGUGAGGGUCUGGAGUCCUGUUUGGAAAUACAAUAUGUGGCUUCACAUAGGUAACUUCAUUCUAACUUACUGGAAGUUAUAGAGGGAGACAGGACAAACCUUGUACAGUUCCAAAGGUUUCUGUUUACUCAGACUUUCCUCUGCUCUUCAGUGUCAUUGACUCAAUUGACUCACAAUCAAUAGGUAAUCAAUGUUGAUUACCUAUUUCUAUUCAUGGCAACAAAGGCAUCUUAUUCCUGUCUUUCUGUGUUCCAAUAUUAUUUGAUAUUUGAUGGAUCAAAACUUCAGAAGCAACCAAGUCGACGAAGCAAUCCAGCACCAUCCCACAGCACUAAAAGCCUGAAAAUAGUACUGAGUCAGCAGUUUCCCAAGGCUUGUGUUUACCGUGGGAGGACAAUCAUGCAGAUUCUGACAUUUCCACCAGUUUGCCUUCAUCGCCGGACCUCUCCAAAGACAGAGAGAGAAAGGGGAGAGACGAGAGAGAGAGUUUUGCAGAUGACAUUAGGUGAGAGGAUCGAUUGCAUGUCUGUAUCUAGUGGGAGUUUGUGGAGCUUUUCUGAACUUUUCAGGCAUGCUCAUGCUGCGUUGGCCACAGUGAUGGGAGGGUACCAGCAGCAGUGAGAUCCACAUCACUCGUGCUUUUCGUCGUCAGCGUCUGCAUUCACACUCAUUGUUCUUUGGAUUGUUUGGAUUUGUGUCUCGGGGCUGAAAAUACCUGUGCAGGAUCGAAGGAAGAAUCCGGGAGGAGGGCUAACUUGGUUUUACCUAUGUGGUUUUACUCAUCAUCUCGUCUGUUUGAGAUUGCCUUCAGAUGGAAUAAUGCAUUCAUGCUGCAGCAGAAGCGUCUGGUUUGCUGUGGUGUUUGGUGCUGCCCUGCUUGUUCUCACGGCUUGUAAUGCAGGACCAAACCAGGACAGGCGACAGGCUCAGCCGUCCUCGUGCUUCGGAGGCUUUGAUCUCUACUUCGUCCUGGACAAAUCUGGGAGCGUGCAGAACCACUGGACGGAAAUCUACCAUUUUGUUGAACAUCUAGCGCAAAAAUUCAUAAGCCCACAGUUGCGGAUGUCCUUUAUUGUUUUCUCCACCGAGGGAAAGAUUUUAAUGAGCCUGACAGAAGACAGGGAGCGCAUUCGCAAAGGUCUGGAGGAGCUGUAUGGGGUUCGCCCGGGGGGAGACACCUUCAUGCACGAGGGCAUCCUGCGGGCCAGCGAGCAGAUUUACUAUGGGAACACUGAAGGUUAUCGCACUGCCAGCGUUAUCAUAGCGCUGACAGACGGAGAGCUGCACGAGGAUCUGUUCGAAUACGCCGAGAGAGAGGCCAACCGCUCCCGAAGCCUCGGUGCCUCCGUUUACUGCGUGGGGGUGAAGGACUUCAACGAGACACAGCUGGCAAAGAUCGCUGACAGUAAGGACCACGUCUUCCCUGUAAAUGACGGGUUUGCGGCGUUGCAAGGGGUCAUCGAUUCGAUCCUGAAGAAAUCCUGUAUCGAGAUCCUGGCAGCAGAACCUUCUAGCAUCUGCGCUGGAGAGUCCUUCCAGGUGGUGGUUAGGGGCAAUGGCUUCCUCCACGCAAGAAAUGUGGACAAAGUCCUGUGCAGCUUCCGAAUCAACGACACCCUCACUAAAAUGGUGAAACCCUUGGUUGUGGAGGACACGUAUCUGCUCUGCCCGGCACCAGUCCUGCAGGAUGAGGGGAUGGCAGCUAACCUUUAUGUCAGCAUGAACGAAGGCCUCAGCUUCAUCUCCAGCUCGGUCACCAUAACCACCGUGGGCUGUUUUGACGGGUCCAUCCUGGCCGUAGCUCUGCUCAUCCUGAUGCUGCUGCUGGCCUUGGCUCUUCUCUGGUGGUUCUGGCCUCUCUGCUGCACCGUGAUCAUCCAUGAGCCCCCACCACCAGCUGUGGAGGAGAGCUCGGAUGACGAGGACUUUGAAGCCCCCAAGAAGAAAUGGCCGACUGUAGACGCCUCCUACUACGGCGGGAGAGGAGUCGGGGGAAUUAAAAGGAUGGAGGUUCGCUGGGGUGAGAAAGGCUCCACGGAAGAAGGGGCAAAGCUGGAAAAGGCCAAAAACGCUAAAGUGAAGAUGCCCGAGCAGGAGUAUCUGCCUUCCCCCAUCCGGGUCCUCAACAACGGCAUGCACAAACCCCCAGGGCCCAGCAAGUGGUACUCACCCAUCAAGAGCAAACUGGAUGCACUGUGGGUGCUUUUGAGGAAAGGCUAUGACCGCGUGUCCGUCAUGAGACCACAUCCAGGUGACAAGGGUAGAUGCAUGAACUUCACCCGCACAAAGUCCCCCCCCCCUCCCCGCUACCCGAACUACAACCACCCGUCCUCUCCCAUCUAUAACCCCACCAAGAGUCCCCCGGCUCCGCAGGGCACCCUCCCGCCGACUCCCAGCAGCCCGCCGCCCGUCUCGUCCCCGGCGCUGCCACAGACUCCUCCCCCCACCUCCUUGACUCCUCCUCCUUAUACGCCGCCUCCCACCCGGGCUCUUCCUCCCACCAACCUGCACGUCCCCGCCCCCGACUCACCGCCGCCCACCCCUCCGCCGGCUGCCUCCCCAACCGGGUCGCUGCCGCCUCUGCCGCAGGGACCCCCCCCCGGGCGAGCCCCUCCGCCCGCUCGCCCUCCCCCUCGUCCCGGCAUGUAGAGUCAGUGCUUAGGAAACGGCAGCGACCGGCACGCGACUACGUAUGAUUGUACCUGAAAGUCAGGACACGUGAGACAGGUCACGUUUAGCAGGCUGUGACCUUCCUGCCUGGUGGAGACGAACAGUGGAUGCCUGUUUUAUUUUUAGCUAAUUGUCUACAGUGACUUUUGUACAUAUGUAGCACAACAGUGCAAUUGCCCCGAUGCUUGAAUUACAUGAACUUUCCCUUUAAUUGAAGUCAUGCAGCCCAGCUCAAAAACAUGUGAUUUCAUGGUCCCGAGAGCUGCUUCGCGUCCUGUUGUCCCCGACGCUUGGCUGCAUCCUGAAAGGCAGAAAAACAACGAGGAGCUUUGUUAAUGUUUUGAUACUGAAAUAUGAUUCCGUGCACAAUCUUUUCCUGGUAAGAGAUAAAAUACGAUUUAGAGGAAUCUCAACUCCCUGUUUUUGUAUUCUUGAAUGUUGAGCAAUUGCAUGCAAUAGUGUUUGAGUCAGCAGUUUUUGCUUUUAAUGGCAUUUCUACCUUGGUUUGUACAACAUAAGGCAUUUUAUGUGUAUUUUUUAAUACGUAGAGCACACUUUACUUUCUGAGGUUAAUUAAGAUUGAUAUUAACCACAUUGAAACAAUAAUGCAACAAAUUUGAACUUAUUGCCUUGUUUUUGUUACUAAUGUGAGCAAUGGAUUUUGCUAUUACUAUAACUGACACGACCAAGGUCAUUCCAAUCACUUCUAUAUCAUGGUUUCAUACACUCCAGGUCUCAACAUGUGGACAAGUAUUUGCAAAAAUCAGGGAACGAGUUUGCACAUCAUUCUGUUAACCCGCCCACUGCUUCCGUGCUUGAAGGAGUGUCCACAUUUCUGCGAGAACGAGACUAUAAGUUUAAUCGGUGACAGUUUACUGACAUGAGUCAUCGUCUCCAACAAUCAUGUCUUUUUGCACAAAGAACUUCCUUGAGUCACUGGGUCAUAAAUGCAUCUUGUUACAGAAAUCCUAAUGUGUAGACUAAAUGAGCGGUUAAUAGGAAGCUGUUCUAUGACAGUGAUAGAGGAGUCCGAGCAGGAUAUGAGGCAGGUUGAAAUCUGUCUUUAGCAGUUACAAAGACAGUUUGUGCAGUAACUCUAAAGCAGCGCUGUCUGUUGACACCUUUGUCUGUUUCAAUCAACAUGAAAGUAAAAAAAAAUGUAAAAAAUGUACAAA